AUGGCCGACCCGGUUGUCUACGACGAUGACGAUGACGAUGAGGACGAGCCAUUCGACGCUGAAUAUUUUGAAGACAUGGCUUUCCGGAUACGGAGCCUUUCUAAUGCCAUCUGGAUUACUGAAGAUCAUAUACCUAAAAUGGAUCCACCGCCGGAGAAGAGGAGCAUCUUUCGUGCGUAUAGCUGUCUCGCCACACUCCUCACCAGGGACUCUCGACAACAUGAGCCUGUGGUUGUGACGGGAAACCAUUUUCUGGGCAGAACAGGGAACGGUCCUUCCGUGGAGAUGGACUCUGUUGCCCCGAUACCCCAGUUCCUAACUGCUCUCGUCGUGGUUGACGAACGCUCUCAGUGGUCACAAUCGUCUCCGUCGUAUGAUGCCAUGGACGUUGAGCCACAGUUGUCGCAAAUUCUACACCGUGUUAUUAUACAGCCAGGCGAAUCAGGUCUAGAACAGCUUUCGGAAACUACAGAGUUGACACCCGACAUAACGCGCUAUGCGGAAGACCUUAUGGAAAUCAUCUUCACUCUUUCCAAGUCAAAAGAUCCAGAGCAGUUCCUGAGGGCUUGUCGUUAUAUCUUUCGACAAUGCUGGCCCGACAUAUUCGCUCGUGUUUUUGCCUCCGAAUCUGUGAUUCCAUUCAACCACUACAUCUACAGCAGCUUUGUGGAUUUCCUUCGCGCGUGGGAGCCACAACCUGACGACGAGAUGUACAUCCUUGGGGAGACUGACGGCUGGGAGGCCGUCUUGAGGACGAGUCUUCUCGCAAAACUAUUGCAAUCAAAGGACAUUGGGAGGGACGAGAAUGUUUUCGAAGGGCGGGAUGAAUAUGCCCUAACGCUAGAAACAGCAGGAGAGUGGUUCUCCAUUUUGUGCGAUAUCCUCGAGGCCAUCAUCGACAGCGCCCUGAGGUUCGAUGCCGACCGCACCGCCGGCUCUGAACUGGACACCCUGAUCGAGAACACGCAUGUUCUUACAGAACUUCUUGACUGCGGAGGAAUUCAAAGAAUAUUAAAAGCACCGUCGCUUGCUUCGCAUCUGAUAUCCUGCAAGGGUCAGAUGGAUAAUGAGAGAUUCGAACCUGACACCGACCCUGCACAUAAGACCAUCGAUGACGAGAGGAGGGACGGGGAACUACCAGGGGAGCACCUUCUACGUUAUCUGCAGACGCUGCUCGCUUGGUUUGAAUCGCUGGAUACCCUCGCUUCUACUGUGGCGGAGCGCGCUGAGGAAGAAGGCCUCCCAACACUCCGUAUCGUGUAUUCUUACCAGCCAACACCUGAUGCGACACCAGCGAAACCUCUGCAGAUGUACUCUCCCACGAAGACCAUUGAAUUUCUCUUGGAACAAGAGGACUAUGAUCCUCGGACAAUGGAGGCGAAACCCCGAGCGUGGAGCGAUGAACAGCUACAAGACAUACAUGAAGCUGUUGAAAAGCUGUUUCCGCGUCCCGGUGCUAAGCGCCAGAAUUUUAUUGGAAGUGUGCAUUCGGAGGCGCUGCUUAUGGACUACCUCGCCGAAACUAUGUGGCUGUAUCUUGACCAGGAUAACAUGUAUGGUUUCAAGGAGUCGAAUAAGUUUGUCGCCCUUCCGUUGCAUCAUCAAACAUGCUACUGCUGCAGCUUUCUGUACAGCGUUUUGUUCUGUAAAUCAGUACACCCUUGGAAUGUUCGGAAUCGAAGGUUUCCUGGACGUUUGAUUCCUUGGACUCCGCCACGGCUCUGGCAUAACACUGACGCGUUGAAUGCGUUGGAUAGUCAUUUGUUGGAGAUGAUUGAGACCGCUCUAAAUUCGGCCGUUAGAUCGAAGACGCCUACUAUGGAGAUGUUUGGGCUUGGGGAAGUACUUAAUCAGUCGUUGGGCGGUAUCCUGAGAGAAACAUGA